CUAGAAUGACGUCACACAUCAAGGCACGUCAUAAUAGUAUUUGCUGCAUUGGCAACCCUCGAGUUGGCUUGUACAUAUAGAAGAAACAGUUUCUGUAAGGAAAUUGGGUUGGAUUCUAGUCAGUUAAGCUAUAACCUGAGGAUUUGACGUCGAUGGUCGUAUUUGAUCUAGUUCUCUUAGGACAUGAAUGAAAACAAGCCUAUCUGGUGUUUUGUCGACGGAAAAAUACCAAUCUUCAUCGAUAAAUCAGAAGAUGCCAAGUUUCCCAUUCUAACGAACGGUCGAAGAUACAAGAAAGAUUCCAGAGAAUGGCUUCAUAAGACAAGUAAAAAUCGAGGUAAAAACAUGAAGCGGACCGUUGAUAACAAAACAGAAACCAUGGACGACCACAAGUCAUACAGUGUCGAAAACGUCUAUGAUACUAUGGACACUGGGAAGGAAUCUGGCGGGUCGUCGCCGCCUUUAAAUUCCUUCGGAAGCAAUGCAGAUAUUGUGGUAAAUCGAAAUGGUAUUCGUCUUUCGCCUUAUCAUUUUUUUGGCAAUGAGGACAGAGAAUUGGCUCCAAACCAGAUCACCACACGCGGGUGUAUGUCUAGAUCUGAAUCCUCAAGGCGCCUUCGGAAGAGAAGGUUGUCAUGGUUAAAAACCGAGAAAAAUGAAAAUUGCUGUAUAGAGGUCGCGGAGAGAAGCAGCCAACAUGAUAUAAAGCUAGAGCAUACCCGUUUCCGACCGAUAGUAGACGCUGUAGGAUUAGGAGCAAGCGAGCUGUUGGACCCGAUGGCGGGAAAAUCUCAUGGAGAUGUUCAUGGUCAUUCUCUAGAAAUAUCCACGAGCUUUUGGUUCGAUUCGGAGGACAGCAUUGAUGACACUUGUUGGCGUGAGACGAGACAAUCAUUGUCCGACUCUUCUCUGGAGGACUUCGUUCCAGAACUGGAGGAAGGCGCUCGUCCGAUCGACCCAACCCUUAUAAGGUCUCCCGUCCCAAAGAAAAGGGAGAGAUUGACAAUAUCGGAAGAUUUUGAUCCCGAGUGCCAAAACAAUACGGACCCCUCAGGACAACUGCUGGUCAGCCAUUCCUUCCAAAGCUUGUGCAGUACCCCUCGCUGUUCUCCUUGGAACGAAACAGACUCCGAGCAGCAUCUAAGUUUACAAAGCAACGUAAACUAAUGUCACGAAUUCAGUGUGAAUCUAAGCGAACAUUUUUUGAAAAAAUACUUCAUUUGGUGAUAAUUUCAUUAAAAUGACUUAAUU